GAGGCGCAGUUGCGGGUCGAGCCUCCGGGCCACCCGCCCGCCCCUGCAGCGCAGCACAGGAGCAGAGGGCUGGUGCAGAACAUCGACCAACUUUAUUCUGGUGGCGGCAAGGUGGGCUACCUCGUCUACGCGGGCGGCCGAAGGUUCCUCCUAGACUUGGAGAGGGACAGCUCGGUGGGCGCUGCUGGCUUCAUGCCUGCAGGAGGCGGGCUGAGCGCACCCGGGCGCCACCGCGGCCACUGCUUCUACCGGGGUACGGUGGACGGCAGCCCUCGCUCCCUGGCUGUCUUUGACCUCUGCGGGGGUCUCCACGGCUUCUUCGCGGUCAAGCAUGCGCGGUACACCAUAAAGCCGCUACUGCGCGGGCCUUUGCCCGCUGGGGAACCGGGACCGCAGACUUGGUGGCGGCGGCGACGCCGCUCCGUCUCCCGGGCACGCCAGGUGGAGCUGCUCCUGGUGGCUGAUGCGUCCAUGGCGAAGAUGUACGGCCGAGGCCUACAGCACUACCUGCUGACCCUGGCUUCCAUUGCCAACCGGCUGUACAGCCACGCCAGCAUAGAGAACCACAUCCGCCUGGCUGUGGUGAAGGUGGUAGUGUUGGGAGACAAGGACAAGAGCCUGGAGGUGAGCAAGAACGCAGCCACCACGCUCAGGAACUUUUGCAAAUGGCAGCACCAGCACAACCAGCUGGAAGAUAACCAUGACGAGCACUACGAUGCCGCCAUCCUGUUCACUCGGGAGGAUUUAUGUGGGCAUCAUUCAUGUGACACCCUGGGAAUGGCAGACGUUGGAACCAUAUGUUCUCUGGAGCGCAGCUGUGCGGUGAUUGAAGAUGAUGGUCUCCACGCAGCUUUCACCGUGGCUCACGAAAUUGGACAUCUACUAGGCCUCUCCCAUGACGAUUCCAAAUUCUGUGAAGAGAACUUUGGUUCCACAGAAGAUAAGCGCUUAAUGUCUUCCAUCCUAACCAGUAUAGAUGCUUCUAAGCCCUGGUCAAAAUGCACCUCAGCCACUGUCACUGAAUUCCUGGAUGAUGGCCAUGGUAACUGUUUGCUGGACGUGCCACGGAAGCAGAUCCUUGGCCCCGAGGAGCUUCCAGGACAGACUUAUGAUGCCACCCAGCAGUGCAAUCUGACGUUCGGACCUGAAUACUCUGUGUGUCCUGGCAUGGAUGUGUGCGCCCGGCUCUGGUGCGCAGUGGUGCGUCAGGGCCAGAUGGUUUGUCUGACCAAGAAGCUGCCUGCCGUGGAAGGGACGCCCUGUGGGAAAGGGAGGAUCUGCCUGCAGGGCAAGUGUGUGGACAAAACCAAGAAGAAAUAUUAUUCAACAUCAAGCCAUGGUAACUGGGGGUCUUGGGGCCCCUGGGGCCAAUGUUCUCGCUCAUGUGGGGGUGGAGUACAGUUUGCCUAUCGCCACUGCAAUAACCCUGCACCCAGAAACAACGGCCGCUACUGCACAGGGAAGAGGGCCAUCUACCGAUCCUGCAACGUCCUGCCCUGCCCGCCCAAUGGUAAAUCUUUUCGUCAUGAGCAGUGUGAGGCUAAAAAUGGCUAUCAGUCUGAUGCAAAAGGAGUCAAAACAUUUGUGGAAUGGGUUCCGAAGUAUGCAGGUGUCCUGCCAGGGGACGUGUGCAAAUUGACCUGCAGAGCCAAGGGCACAGGCUACUAUGUGGUCUUUUCUCCAAAGGUGACAGACGGGACCGAAUGCAGGCCUUAUAGUAACUCUGUCUGCGUGCGGGGAAGGUGUGUACGCACCGGCUGUGAUGGAAUCAUUGGAUCAAAACUGCAGUAUGACAAGUGCGGAGUAUGUGGAGGUGACAACUCCAGUUGUACAAAAGUUAUCGGAACCUUCAAUAAAAAGAGUAAGGGUUACACUGAUGUUGUGAGGAUCCCCGAAGGAGCAACCCACAUAAAAGUCCGCCAGUUCAAAGUUAAAGACCAGACGAGAUUCACUGCCUACUUAGCCCUGAAAAAGAAAAAUGGUGAGUACCUUAUCAACGGAAAGUACAUGAUCUCCACAACAGAGACCAUCAUUGACAUCAACGGCACAGUCAUGAACUACAGCGGCUGGAGCCACCGGGAUGAUUUCUUGCAUGGAAUGGGCUACUCGGCCACCAAGGAAAUUCUGAUCGUGCAGAUUCUUGCUACAGACCCAACUAAAGCAUUAGAUGUCCGCUAUAGUUUUUUUGUUCCCAAGAAGUCCAUUCCAGCAGUAAACUCUGUCACUAGUCAUAGCAGCAAUAAAGUGGGAAUGCACACUUCACAGCUGCAGUGGGUGACAGGCCCCUGGCUCGCCUGUUCUAGGACCUGCGACACAGGCUGGCACACGAGGAUGGUGCAGUGCCAGGAUGGAAACCGGAAGUUAGCAAAGGGAUGUCUUCUCUCUCAGAGGCCUUCUGCUUUUAAACAAUGCUUGCUGAAGAAAUGUUAGCCUGUGGUUAUGCUCUUCUGCACAAAGAUAACUGGAGGAUGCAUCACUGAGACAGCUGUGAGGAACAAGAGGUCUACGCCAUGCACAGAAAGUCACACAUCAGUGGCACUGUCACCAGGAGUCAAGUUAUGGGCAGAAGCUCCUGGCGGUGAUGAAAAGAAGACAUGCACUGCUUUAUGUGACAAUGGUGACCUUGAAAUAUAGAAAAACUUGGGAGUUAUUUAACAUCCCCUGGGCUUGCAAGAACACAAAGUAAAUAGGUAAAACACUAAUGAAUGUAGAAUCAGGGGACAUUUGAAGAUAGCAGAAAAAUCUCCCCUUUGUCACCUACCUCUUAUAGAAUGUCUUCAAAGGCAUUGCAAUCAGUUUCAUCCACGAUACACGGUAGCUUAUUUUUAUUGUUUGUAAGUGCAUUUUCCCUUGGUAUGUCACUUUAUAUCGCUUGGUUCUAUUUAUAUAUGUGUG